CCGCCCCUUCCGCCCCGGCGCAGGCGCGGUGGCAGCCAUGGCGGCGGCCAUGGCGACGGGGCUGUGCCGGGCCUUCGGGGCCCUCCUGCUGUCCUCCGCGCCCCGCCGCCCCCAACCGCCGCCCGGUCCCCCGGGAGGGUGGCUGGCGGCCGCCUGCCGAGGCUUGGGCGGCUCGGCGCCGCGCUGCACCACCGACCCCAUGUGGAAGUGCCGGGUCAAGUACACGGUGCGGCCCGUGGGCAUGAAGAAGACGGGAGGCCGCGACCACACAGGGCGCAUCCGCGUGCGGGGGAUCGGAGGGGGACACAAGAGGCGGUACCGGAUGAUCGACUUCCAGCGGCUGCGCUACGAGGAGGGGGCCCCGCCGGAGGCCUUCACCGAGAAGGUCAUCAAUGUCCGCUACGACCCUUGCAGGUCGGCUGACAUCGCCCUGGUGGCCGGCGGCAACCGGAAGCGCUGGAUCAUUGCCACGGAGAACAUGCAGCCGGGAGACCUCAUCAAAAACUCCCCUCACAUUGGCAGGAUGGCAGUGUCAGCCAACGAAGGGGACGCCUACCCGCUGGGGGCUCUGCCGGUGGGCACGCUGAUCUGCAACCUGGAGAGCCACCCUGGGAAGGGAGCGCAGUACAUCCGGGCAGCCGGGACUUGCGGCGUGCUGCUGAGGAAGGUGAACGGGACGGCCAUCGUGCAGCUGCCCUCCAAGAGGCACAUGCAGGUGCUGGAGACCUGCGUGGCCACGGUGGGCCGCGUGUCCAACGUCGACCACAACAAGCGGGUGAUCGGGAAGGCGGGCCGGAACCGCUGGCUGGGCAAGAGGCCGCACACCGGCUUGUGGCACCGCAAGGGUGGCUGGGCCGGGCGUAAGAUCCGGCCUCUGCCCCCCAUGAAGAGCUACGUCAACCUGCCGCGGGUCACGGUGCAGGAGUGACGCCGGGGGGGGUGGCCCCCCAAUAAAAGCCUUCUCCCUGCGCCACCGC